CUCGCACACAAGCUCGGACUCCACUCGGUCACUCGGGUCUAUUUCACACUACCCGUCGGUCUUGGGUUUAGGCCCCGUGAUUUCUACAACUUCCACGUUUAGAGAUUCAUUUCAACCAUUCAUGGCUUUUCCCCAUCCGCAGGACUCGCCUACAGGAGCUACCGCCGAUCAGAUGAAUCUCACCGUAGCGUCGUCUCCUUUAACUCCGCCGAUGGUAGAAGGAAACAACCAAAAUAUUAUGGAUACGACAGAUCUGGCUGACACAAGCACAGGUGAGAAACGGAAAAGAGAAGGAAAGCUUAGAUCUGUUGUUUGGCAACAUUUCUCAAAGCUUAUAAGGGAGGACGGGACCUGCGAAAAAUGCAAGUGUGGCCAUUGCAAUAAGCUUUUCACUUGCUCAAGCCGAAGCGGAACAACACAUUUGCUUCGCCACUUAACUGAGGGAAGAUGUCCAGUCUUUAAGCUUGACAAGAAGGAUGACCACGCACUUACAAAUACAAUCAGUUUCAGUUGUUCUAGUGGUAAAACUGAUAGAAAAAGAACCAUGCUUCUUCCUUGGAAAUUCGAACAGCCACUUGCACAUCAACCCAUUGAACACUCCAUUGACAUGGCCAAUGACUUCUUCGUAGGGGAGGAGGGCUUAGAAGAUCUUGACCCUCGAACCAGCGGAUACCCAGAUGGUGACUUGGUAGGACAAUCGUCAACAUCUGCUGCAUAUGCUAAACUCCCUCAACAGAACACAAAAAGAUCUCAAUUGAGUGGAGAGACAUGGGUGAAUGAGUUGAGGGCAUGCACAAGCAAACUUGUCAAACUCACAAAUGAGCAAUGUCCUAACAGUUUGUUCUUGAAGACUUGUUUUGCUGGAAGUGGUCCUGAUUACUCGCUACGUACAGCCAUACAGUACUUGAAUGAAAUGGAAGAUACUAUUCCAGAGUCGAGUACAAUGUACCUAGAUGCUCUUGAUAUUAUCAGAGAUCCAGUAGAAAGGGAGUGUUUUCUUUCUCUAAACCCAGAGCCACGUAGAAAAUGGCUUCAAAGGACACUACACCGCCGAUAUCCUUCUCGCUACAAUAAAGACUUUUAACCGAAUUUUUUAUUUGUGUUCGAGACUUUUCAUCUUGUUGUACUGUGUGUUGAGCUCGUGGGAAACUGGGAAUGAAAACAAGAAAAUCUAAAAUUCUGUUGUACUUGUUCUCAAUAUUUUCUUAAGUUCAAAACUAACACCGAAUUAUGUAUAAACAGUUAGC